AUAUGCACUUUCCUCCUAGUUCCCAUCCAGUCACCAAUCUGCAUUAAUGUAUAAAUAUAUCAUUAAUUCUCUACUAUCCAUUUAUAAUCCACUAGCUCUGCCUUGAAGAAACAUAUAUAGCUUAUCGAGAAAGAGAAGGCUGAUCCAUAGCUGCUGAUAGCCUGAUAGCACCAACAAGAAGUAGAAUGCCGUCCAAGCUUUAUAGUAUGGCAAUCGAAUGGUUCCAGUACUAUAUUGUCUUCUCCACGGGGGUCUCAUUUAUUUUUGGAGUGACUUUUAGUCAAGGCUUGGUAGAAAAUGCAGUCAGCGCUGUGUUGAUGUCUUAUCUCACUUAUAGCUGGAAGAAGGAGCAUCUCAACAAAGCCGCCGCUGUGAUUAAUUUGAAAGAUGGGAUAUCAACGGUUAUGGUGAUUGCUGCAGCUCACAUAUCAGAUGCCUACUUAGGACAUUUUGAUAUGGUCCUCUUCUCCACUGCUGCUUAUAUGAUUGGAUUGGUACUACUAUGGCUUGGGGAAGUGGUUCUAACUUAUAGAACCAAUGUUCAGUUAUUUUAUGUGGCAAUGAUGGCUAUAGCUUUGGGUAUAGCAGGAAGAGAUGCCUCUUUGAAAGCAUUUCUUGCAGAUCAGUUAAGGGAGCUGGAACCAAGCUCAAAUAUAGAUGAGGAACGAGUGGAGGCUCGCAGAAAAGUGUGGUGGCACUGCGCGUGGUACUCAGGAGCUGCAACAUCUGCAUUUGCACUUCAACUGCAAGUUUCUUGGGCAUAUACUUUCAUGAUAUCAGCCAUUUCUAUGGGGGUCGCAUAUCUAUUGUUGUGGUCAGGCACCACCUUCUACUACUGCAAAAAUCCAACAGGCAGUCCCCUUACCAUUGUUUAUCGCGUAUUCAAGGUGGCUAUUUUUAAGCAGCAUUUUGACUACCCAAUUAGGCAUGACCAAUUCUUCGAGAAUGAUGGCAAACAAUUACCCUUGUUGCCUCGCAUUCCAUUCUUCAGGUGGAUGGACAAAGCUGCAAUUGUAGAGACAUCUCCUCUCAAUAGUCUAGAGGAACAAGAAAAGAAAGGAAAGAUUUGCACAGUUGCAGAAGUGAGUAGAGUAAAAGUUCUACUAGAAAUGGUGCCUAUGUGGACAACCUUCCUUGUAUACAGUCUUGUAGAGGCAACAGGGAGCACUUUCUUUAUUGAACAAACUACUAACUUGAAUGAUGAAAUUAAUAUUGGCAAAACAUUCAUUGUCCCAAUUGUUACAUUCUUUGUAAUCCAGUCCUUUUCAAGCUUCGCAUUCUCUAAUAUGUAUGACUUACUAGUCCCAAAGCUGUGGGGUGGAGCAAAUCGGCAGCGUACUAUGCUUGUGAGAAUUGGAAGUGGGAUGGUUUGUUCAAUAUUAUGUUGCAUUACUGCUUGGCAGGUUGAGGUCCACAGGUUGCAUUUAGUUCGGAAAGGGAGACUCACAGACAAGUCAGACCAAACCAUUUCCAUGAGCAUAUUUUGGUUAGCCCCUCAGUUCUGCCUAUUAGGGCUUAUGGAAGGACUUGCUGAAGAAGGGCUCCAAGAUUUCUUCAACCAUCAUGUUGAUGAAUCCAUGAGGAGCUACGGGCCAGCAUUCGGUGAUUGUAUAUUAGGUAUUGGGAAAUUCCUGUGCAUACCUUUUGUGCUUGCUUUUAGAGGCUGGUUUAAGGACACUCUAGAUGAGAGUCACUUGGAUGAGUAUUACAGAAUGUUAGCAAUGCUAAGUGUUGUGAACCUAUGCUUUUACUGGUACGUAUCAAACAUGUAUGGCGCCUUUAAAGAAGCUCAGGUAGAGGAGGUCGCCCUCGAUCCACUCCUAGUCCUAGAAGAAGGUUUUAGAAGCAUAGUAACAAAAUUUCACCACAGAUCCUUGAGCUGGACUGCUGGAAUUUUAUCCUCCUCCAAUCCACAUGCAUGCUCUCAUUACAAAGUUGCAACGGUGCUCCCUAUUCGCUCCAAUACGUUUAGUUGAAAAUUAAUGUAUGGAAGGAAACAAAGCUGACCACCAAUUUUUUUUUUUUUUGAAACGAACUACUGGAUCAGUACGUCCCUUUUUUUUUUUGGACAUCUGAUUUUAUAUUCGAAAUGUUCUAGUAUAGGACACAAUUUGAUUGAUUCAUGAUUGGUUUUUAGAUAUAUACCACUCAGAGAUGGUGUUUAUGCAUAUCAAGUACUUUCUCUUCACG